AACCUUUAAAAAGAAAGUUAAAACUACUCAUAUCUUCAUAAAACCUCUCCAAUUAGAAGACAAUCUCCCAAAGCUUCUAUUUAAAGCUCAAGAAAAACAGGAUCUUUUCAAGAUUUUGAAACAGAGAGUUGGUUCUUUCUUAGAUAAAUAGGGACAGAGAGAGUGGAGAGAGAGAGAGGGAGAGAAAGAGAAGGAAGAUAGCUUUUGUUUCAGUGUACAAUGUCUGAAGUAGAGCUACUUCAUCUCUUAUUCUCCUCAACUACAACAACAAUAUUAUCUCUACUACUAAUUAUCAUUAUGUGGUAUCAUCAUCUCUUUAAAAGAAAAGAUAAAGUACUUAAACUUCCACCAGGAAACAUGGGUUUGCCUUUUAUAGGCGAAACAAUCCCUUACUUGAGACCUUAUUCUGCUACUACUGUUGGUGAAUAUAUGGAAAAACAGAUAUCAAGGCAUGGAAAGAUUUACAAGUCGAAUUUAUUCGGUGAACCGACAAUUGUUUCCGCUGAUGCUGAAUUCAACCGGUUUAUAUUGCAAAACGAAGGUCGGUUGUUCGAAUGCAGUUAUCCCAGAAGUAUUGGAGGAAUUCUUGGGAAAUGGUCUAUGUUAGUGUUAGUUGGAGACAUGCACAGAGAUAUGAGAAUGAUUUCUCUUAACUUCAUGAGUAAUACAAGACUUAAAACCCAUCUCUUAAAAGAAGUUGAAAUGCAUACUUUGCUUGUUCUAGGAUCUUGGAAAGAUAAUUCAGUCUUCUCUGCUCAAGAUGAAGCUAAAAAGUUUACAUUCAAUUUAAUGGCAAGGCAUAUCAUGAGUAUGGAUCCAGGAAAGCCUGAAACAGAGAAGUUGAAGAGUGAAUACAUUACUUUCAUGAAAGGAGUUGUAUCAGCACCAUUGAACUUCCCAGGCACAGCUUACAGAAGGGCAUUAAAGUCACGAUCAUGCAUUUUGAAAGUAAUAGAGCAGAAAAUGGAGGAAAGAAUCGAGAAAAUGAACGAUAACCGAACGUUAAUGGGGGAGAAAGUAGUGAUUAAAGAGGAAGAAGAUCUUCUUGGAUGGGUUUUAAAGCACUCAAAUUUAUCAACAGAACAGAUUCUUGAUUUGAUAUUAAGUUUGCUGUUUGCCGGCCAUGAAACUUCUUCGGUUUCUAUAGCUUUAGCUAUCUAUUUCUUACAAGGAUGUCCUAAAGCAGUUGAAGAAUUAAGGGAAGAGCACCUUAGAAUUGUGGCAGCUAAAAAGCAACUGGGAGGAGAAGUUGGAUUGGUUUGGGAAGAUUAUAAGCAAAUGGAAUUUACUCAAUGGGUUAUAAGUGAAACUCUUCGACUGGGAAAUGUAGUCAGAUUUGUACACAGGAAGGCCCUAAAAGAUGUCCAUUAUAAAGGAUAUGACAUUCCUUGCGGGUGGAAAGUUCUUCCGGUUUUCGCUGCGGUGCAUUUGGACCCUCUAAUCUACGAUGAUCCCCAGCUCUUUAACCCUUGGAGAUGGCAGAAUAGAAGUAACAACAAAGGGUCUGCAACGCUUCUAAGUACGUCCACAACAGUAACCAAUAACUUCAUGCCAUUUGGAGGAGGACCAAGAUUAUGUGCGGGUUCAGAGUUAGCCAAGAUGGAGAUGGCCGUUUUCAUACACCACCUGGUCCUGAAUUACAAUUGGGAACUAGAUAAACCAGAUCAUCCUUUUGCCUUCCCAUUCGUCGAAUUCCCUAAUGGUCUACCCAUUAAGGUCCACAAAUAUCACCACCACCACAAUACCCUCACAAUGCACAGACAACAAUCAUAACAGCAACAUUGUUUUCAUGAUUCUCAGCCUCUCAUGUUGGAUAUUAUAGCUAUAGAAUCCGAAACAACUUGUAAAGGAGAAAAAAAGGUAAUACUAUAAAUUAUCUGAGGAAAAAUCCACAGCAAUUCUUGGGUUCUCAUUCUUCUUUUUGGAACUUUCCAACGGCUAGUUAAGAUUGGUUGUCAGAUCUUUAUCUCACAUGGACAUGGACAUGAACAUGCAUGAAGAAGAAGAAGAUGAAGUUAAAAUGAAGAAUAAAUAUAGAAUAGGAUUUAGGACCAUAUACGAUACUAAUUAGAUACAUAGAAUAUCUCUUUCGAAUUCUACUCCCUUGUAAUAUUUAUUUUCUCAUUAGCAUCCAUUCAAGUUGUCUUUAAUUGUAAUUAUUUAUUAUUUUUGGGUGUAAUCAAUAAUUUUUCCAACUUUAAAUAAGAGGAUUGUGGAGUGUA